AUAAGUUAAUAAUCCGUACAACUACUAUUUUGAGGAAAAUCUAUUCAUUUCAGACAACGACAUACCACUACCGCGAAGAGUAAGGAGGGAGGGAGGCGGCUUAUACUUUCUCCUUCAAAUUUAUUUCUACAUUUUCUAGAAUGUCAACCCCCAAAACUCAACACUCUAGUACUGAAUCUAGUGAUGGAGAAAACCGCCUCUUAACUUCCCUCCUCCCUCCUCCACCAAUCACCACCGCAGUCGCCGCCGGGGAUCCACAUUUCCGGCGACACCAUGUCAAUUCCCUCCACACCGACAUCAUUAGCCGCCAACUCCCCUCAGAGGGACUAUCCUUCCAGCUAUGGCCUGCAGCCACCACGCUUUUUUCUCUCCUCGAUACCCACCUCCUUCACCCCCACCUCCCCUGCCACCACAUCCUCCACCGCCGCCGCCUUCGUAUCCUCGAGCUCGGGUCGGGUACUGGCCUUGUUGGGAUAACAGCUGCCGCGAUCCUUGGCGCUGACGUCACUGUCACGGACCUCCCUCACGUGAUCCCUAACCUUGAGUUUAAUGUGUUGGCGAAUGCGGAGAUUAUCGCCGCCGGUGGUGGGGCGGUUGUCGCGACGGAGCUGAGCUGGGGGAAUGUGGAUCAAAUGAAGGUGGUUGGGAAAGAGUACGAUGUUAUCCUGGGGUCUGAUGUAGUGUAUCAUGAUCACCUUUAUGAGGUGUUGUUGGAUACGUUGAAGUAUUUUCUGGUGGGGGAAGAGGUGGUGUUUCUGAUGGCCCACCUUAAGCGGUGGAAGAAAGAGGCGGCGUUUUUCAAGAAGGCGAAGAAGUUUUUCGACGUGGAUGUGAUCCACCGUGAUACCCCGUCUGACGGGAAGAGAGUCGGUGUAAUCGUGUACCGUUUCGUGGGCAAACAAAUUUCCAAGAAAAAAUUGGAAAAUGGUGUUUGAAAGUUUGCUUUAGUUUAACUUUCUUGUUUUUCCUUCAGCAAAAGUGGACUCCCUCACUCAACUGUAAACCUUGAAAUAGAGGGCACACUCCAAAAUGCAUGAUUCUUCAUAAUCAAGUGUUUAGGGGUUAAAUCAUGUAUUACAUUAUACAAAUUACAACAAAAAUCGUAUUAAAAAAAUAGCAGAA